AUGGGGAUGUACGUGACGAUACAGCCCAUUCUCACAGAUAGCGAAUGGGCAACACUUGUAAGUAUCAAAUUGUCAAAUUAUCGCAUUAAAUUGUUGGUAGAUUGUGGAUUAUCUGAUGGCUUCAAUUGCCAUUCCAUAAAAAAAUUGCUCAUGCAAUCCAUAGGGAUCAAAUAUAUUUUCCUCACUCAUUCUACCUUAGAGCAUGUAGGAGGAUUGCCGUUUUUAAUGCGUAAAUAUACGAAAUUACGCAACAAGCCACAAAUCAUAUGUACUGACCCAACUUAUAAGUUAGCCAAGGCAAAUCUAUUGGACUUGGUAGACAACAUGUCACUCAAUCUACCAAAGUCCAAGCUACAUUACUCAGCUGAUGAAAUAAAUUCAGCCCUAUCUAACUCCAAGUUGUUGAGAUACGAUGAGCAUAUAACUCUUGAUUCUGCAAUUGAUGGUCUAUCACUUCACGUAAUAAACAGCGGUCAUUCUGUUGGAGGAUCGGCAUAUGUACUUACAAUGGGCACCAAGCAAAUUUUAAUAGCUAGAAAGAUUUCGUUGAUUUCCAAAUGGCAUCUUAACUCCUUAUCCCUUAGCACGGUUAAUAAUCCUUACUUGCUGAUAACAGAUUUUCCCAAGCUAUCAAUCAACGCAUGCCUGCUACAUUCAUCAUUGGAUAUGGUGAUCCAUAAAACGAUUAAUACGCUCAAAAAUGGAAACUGUGUAUUAUUACCCAUUGAUAUUGAUUCCAGAAUGGUGGAGCUGCUACACCACUUUGAAAUGUGUUGGAAAAGCCAUUAUGUUGCCAAAUGGCCUCUCAUCAUUGCAUCCCCUAUUGUAUCAAAGAUGUCUUUAAUUUUCAGCACCAGCAUUGAGUAUAUGAGUUCAAAAGUCAAGUCUGAAUUUUCAAGAGACUUAAAAAAUCCACUAAUCUUUGACAACGUAAUAUAUUUGGACAAAUUGGAACAACUGAAGCCAUUCACCAACGUCCCUUGUGUAAUCUUUUCGACUCCUGGAUCCUUGAAUUGGGGCUUUUCAAAUGCUUUAUUUGCAGCUAUUGGGAGUAAAAAAGGCAAUCUCAUAAUAUUAAGUAAGGAACCCACAACAAAAACAUUAGCCCGUAAACUUAGCUUAUAUACCAGUAAGGUCGACGGGUCUACAUGGAUGAAGGUCAAUACAAGCAGUGAUAAAGGGAGCAAUCCAAAUGGUAAACAAAAAAGCAAAAGGAAUAAAUUCAGUUGGUUAUUUAGGUUCAGGAAACCACUCAGUGUAAGUGAAUGUUAUGAAUUGUAUAAGCAGAAUCAAUUGGAAAUUGAUUCUGAGAUUAACACUGUAGGUGAUAAUACUAUGAAAAUAGAUGAGGUUAGCAUGGAAAAUGACAUUUGUGACGUUACACAUGAAUUAAAUACUGGGCAAAGCUUUUAUGGCGAACCACAGCAAACUAAAAACAAAUUAUAUUCCAUAAUUUCCAGUGACCCUCUUGGCCAUUUGAAGUUUAAUAAAUUGGAUAACAGCAGUUAUCCCACGUUUUCUGAUAAAAUAUCAAAUCCAGUAUUUGUUAAUGUUACCAGUAAUGCUAUAAGCAGCGCUGAAGAUGACUACGGCUUGGUCAAUCAGUUUGCCGAGUUAUGGAAAUCACAAGUUAACAAAACUGGUGAAAACGAUAAAAAAAAUGUAUCCGUAGAUAAUCAGCAGAUCGGUGCUAAAACUGAUGAGGUUGAAGAUAUGAUGGAUUUAGGUCAAAAAUGCCUAAAUACACAAUCGCACGACACAGAACGCUACAGUAUUGAUACUCCUCUUGAUUACUAUCUUAAACUGUAUAAAUCGCAAAAAAAUAUCAAUAAUACUAACAACACUAAAAAUAAUGGCCUUGAUGGACGAAAUGGCGAUAGUGGUAUGCAAAAUGACUGGAUGAACUCAUUAAUACGUUGGUUUGGGAAAAUGCCCUCACAAUACGUAAAAAAGAGGAUUCGCCAGUGCGUAAGGGCAAAGGUUAUAAUGCCAAUUGGCCUGGAAAAUACAAUUGAUCAGUACAGUUUGUAUACAUUGAUUUCCAAGCUUAAAGUUAAGAAGGUUUGUUUACUCCCACUAUUACAUGACAAUAAGGCUAGUGUUGCAAAUAAAAACCUAAGUGAUAUAAAUAGUAUUGUGAGUUAUAAGUACAAAAUACCUUCACCAAUGGAAUCGCUAGUGGAGUGUUCUAUUGCUAUCAGUGAAGAGCCAAUAAAUACGCCAAUUAACAGGGAUAGUAAUACCUAUAUAUUCGAUAAGAUACUAGAUAAUUGUUCUAGGGAAGCAAGAAAAAAAUUUAGACAAUUGAAUUUGAAGGUCAAAUUCAAUAAAAUUAACGAAGGCCCUGAGCCAAGAUUAUCAUUUUGGCAAUCUAAACAACCCUGCCUUUAUGCUAUGUGUUUGGCUCCUGAACAGAAUGAGUCCCAGGAAAACAGUACUGCACAUGAUGCUCGUGAGAAUUUUUACAGUGAAGUGGAGCACCAGUUCCCUAAUAUUCCAAUAUUUAAAGUGGCUGAAACAUUCAACCAAUUAUUACCAGGGCAAAUAUCGGUAGUGGGUAGACAUUCAGCAAUUGUAAUUGCUUCCAAGACUGUUGUACAACGUGUAGAAGAUAGUGGAAUUGGUACUAUUGCCACUGGUGUUAAGAGUGGUCUUACAGAUGGGAAAAAAUGGAUAUUAAGGGGUACAAUCGAUCCUACCUACUAUUUGGCUAGGAAGACUUUAUAUGCACUCCACGGUAAUCCAUUUUAG